AUGACGUACAACGAGAAGAACUGGGAAUCGGAGGCUCUCUCUCUGAGGAGAUUCGCCUUUGCCGGUGUAGCUCUCUCCACCGUAGCUACUCUCGUCUGCGUCAUCUCGGUGCCAAUGCUCUACAACUACAUGCAGCACAUGCAGUCAGUUAUGCAAAACGAAGUAGAUUUUUGCAAAUCUCGCUCUGGGAACAUUUGGAGAGAAGUGACCCGUACUCAGGCUCUGGCCGCACCCACCAGGAAAGCGCGUCAGGCAGGUGGCGGAUGCUGCGGGUGCGGCGUCUCUCCAGCAGGACCACCCGGGCCUCCUGGUCAAGAUGGACAGCCCGGAUCAGACGGAGCUCCAGGACAGCCUGGCAAAGAUGGACCUGACGGACCACCACCAACCCCAUCUCCAGCAUAUACUCCUUGCUUCAACUGCCCGGCUGGUCCUCCUGGCCCACCAGGAAAUCCAGGAAGUAAGGGCCAACCUGGAAACCCUGGAUCCGAUGGACAGCCUGGAAAUGCUGGAAACCCAGGCGGUGCAGGACCUAUGGGACCACCAGGUCCUCCUGGAAACGAUGGCAAACCUGGAAAUCCAGGCGCUCCUGGAGCACCUGGUAAGAUGAUGGAGAUGCCAGGCCUACAAGGACCACCCGGACCUCCAGGCCCUGCAGGUCCCCCUGGUCCUGAUGGACAGCCGGGAGCACCUGGAAAGCCUGGUAAUGACGGUCACGCAGGAGAGCCUGGAGACCCUGGAAAACCUGGCGAGCACGGACACAAUGGCGAAGACGGUCAUCACGGUGAAGAUGGAUACAAAGGACCAGAUGGAGGUUGUGACCACUGCCCACCUCCUCGCACUGCUCCUGGUUAUUAG